AUGCAUCCUGGCUCAGCUUCGUAUACCGAGUACAAGUCCCAUCUUACACCAUGUCUACGUUUCAGCGCCGAAGCUCCCAGCAAUGUCUUUCUUGUCAAGAUCACGUCGUCUCAUCACGUUCAAGUCCCUUCCACUGCGUUCACCGGAGAGUAUUUCUCUAACGUGCCGUGCCAAGACGAGCUGUUUCAAUUUACCAAUGGUCGAUUUCUGAUUAGAGACAAACAACAACGCCCUUCGAUAUCGCGUGUUCGAGAAGUCGAAAAAUUAGAGGGCGGAUUCAGCAAAGUAUUACGCAUACAGAGAGAGAACGGAACAGAAUUCAUUGCGAAAAUUUCAUGUCCCAAUGCCGGCCUUGCAAAGUACACGACUGCCUCUGAGGUUGCUGUUCUGGAAUACGUGAGAGAGUAUACCGACAUCCCAGUACCAUCCAUUUAUUCCUGGAGUGCUGAUGUUUCGAAUCCUGUUGGGGCAGAGUAUAUCAUCAUGGAAAAAGCUCCCGGUGUUCAGCUCUUCAAAGUGUGGGAUCAAAUUGAAGAACGAAACACACUUGCUAUCAUCGAGAAAUUGGCCAAAUGGGAGAGUCAAUUGAUGUCCAUAAAGUUCCCGACCUAUGGCUGCGUAUACUCUCGCCAUUCUUUUCCAGAGAGUGACGGGAAGACGGACCUUUCUACAGACAUCGAUCGAUCCGGGUCAUAUUGUGUUGGUCGCUCCUGCGAUCCCACGUGGUCUACUGUACCGUGUUAUUUAGCAUCUGGCCCUUGGCUUUCUCUCCCCGAAUUUGGAACCGCAUUAGCAAAGCGUGAGAUCUAUCGCGUCUCUCAGGAAUCGGAGAGCGCUCACAGAAAAACCGUGGAGCUCAUGAAGAUUCUAGGCUCCCAUUCGGACCUCCUCUGUCAUUCUAAGCCUACCCUCUGUCAUCCGGAUCUGCACUUGGGCAACAUUUUUGUCUCCGAGGACGACCCUUCAAAAAUCUCAGUUAUUAUCGACUGGCAGUUUGCACAGAUAGCUCCCAUGUUCUUACAGGUUCGCUGGCCGGUUUUUCUCAUCCCAUCAAAAGACUACACAGCUGGCAUCGUUAGCCCAAAGUUCCCUGACGACUGUGAAGACUUGGAUGAUGAUGAAAUGAAAUUGGUAGAGUACGACUUCAAGCAAGCCACAAUCGCCAAAGCCUACGAAGUCAGAUCUCUUCUUGACAACAAAGAUGCUUACGAUGCGAUGACCUUGCCUCGAGUAUAUCGGGAGCUCUUCAUUGGUUGUGGAGAAACGGAGACAGAAGGGCCUGCGCCAUUACGGAAGUGCAUGAUCGAGAUUCUCAAUUCCUGGCACGAUGUAAAUUUGCCUGGCGAAUGCCCCUACGCAUUCAGUCCGGAAGAAAUUCAGAAACACGCAAAGCAGUUUGAACAAUUCAGAGAACGGCACCGGGCGAGAGCAUUUGCGAUGGAAUAUCUCGAUACCGAUGCGGAUGGCUGGAUUCCCCCUGAAGUGGAUUUUGCGAAGAAGCAGCAACAAAAUCGAGCUCUUUUCGCCUUGUACGUGGACAGAAUGUCUGGUCAGAAAUCCCGAGAAGAGAUGCGCAAACUGUGGCCCUUCUCGGAGGAAAUCUAA